GUAACCUUGGGUGUAAAUGCACUUCUCUCCAAUGUAUUGUGAUUUUCAAGUGGACAUUUUGUUAGCACUAACCUUUGGAUGUCAUGUCUUCCAUGGCCGAACAGAAUCCUGUUCAUACAGAAAAAAACAUCAAUAACGGUGACCUUCACAUUGAAGAAUUAGAGCUGAAAGAGGUCAGAGUUCAAGACGAAACAACCAAUGAGAUGACAUGUCGAGAGACUGAAGUUGCUAAUCCACUACUGGAAGAAGUACCAGCUCCAAAUAUUGUUGUAGAAGUCGAAGAUUAUCGGCUAAAUGAUGAUAAGAGUGAAUGGAGUGACGAUGACACAGUAGAAGAGAAGGACGUCUCGUCUUUGAAGUAUGGGCUCAUGUCAAGGGCGAUUCUUGGCUGUCGAGAUUUCUGCAGAAGAAAACUGGCCUUUGUCGUGUCCAAAACUCGGGGCUACCUGCUGUCUGUGAUACUUUUACUUGGCUACCUGGCUUACUUUAUAGCAGCCAUGUGCUACAGUUUUGAAGACGAAAGUUCACACCGUCUGCUAGGCUGCACCAUAUUGGGUCUGAUCAUUGUAGCCAGGAAGCUCAUCGCUCAAUUGUUCAGAAAGUUGUGCUUUCUAGUCACCGGCUCUGAUCACGUGACUCUAGUCUGGAAGAAACGUUUGACAACUUGCACAUUUUUUUCACGGUGGCUUAUGUAUGGACUUAUGUGUGGUAUCAUGAUUUGGGUGAUCGUGGACAAGGCGAUUGCAGAUCCUAACAAUCUGAGAUCUAUACCUGGCAUUUUGAUUAUCAUGUUGAUAUGCUUGUUUUGUUCCAACUCUCCACACAAGGUCAACUAUCACACAAUAUUCUGGAGCGUUGGGCUUCAGUUUCUCUUGGCUCUCUAUGUAUUGAAAUGGAAAUACGGAAAAGCCUCAGUGACCUGGGUCCAAGAAAGAAUCAGCGAAUUUAAUGAGAAUUCUGAUGCUGGCUCCAGACUUGUAUUUGGAGAUAAUUACAAGGAACAUUAUCUGAUCUUUGGCGCCUUACCUUUGUUUUUCUUCAUCAAUGGCAUGAUGACUGUACUCUACUACUGUGGCGCUAUGCAGCUCAUCAUUAAUGUUGUAGGAAAUACAUUGACUUUUGUUUUGGGUACAUCUGCGGUGGAGUCUAUGGCCGUAGCAGCAGGGGUCUUCAUGGAAGGGGUGGCAACUAUCACAGCCUUCAAGCCUUAUCUCAAUGAUUUGUCCAAGUCUGAGUUGUUUUUGAUCAUGACUUCUUGUUUCUCUUCUAUUGGAAGCACAUUUCUGGCUAUUUUAAGCCAAAUAGGAGUUUCUGUUGAUCUGCUUAUUGGCGCCAUGCUUCUGUCUGCUCCGGCCACCUUUACCGUCUGCAAACUUUUAAUGCCAGAAACAAAACUUAAGAAACGAAACAAAAUGUCAGACAUUGGGAACUUAGAGAAAAACAAGUACCCCAAUAUUUUGGACGCCUUUCAGUCGGGUGCUGCAGCCAUGGCAUCAGCCUUCAUCAAUGUCGUUAUCAGCGCCUUCGCCCUGGUCUGUUUAAUCUCUUGGGUGAACAAGACGCUGGAGUGGUUUGGGGAUAGAGUCGGUGUCCGAAACGUUUCCAUAGAGCUCAUCGCUUCCUAUUUGUUGUAUCCUGUUGCUUUGGGCAUGGGCGUAGAGCUUGAGGACUGUCGGAAAGUGGCUGCCAUUUUGGGCUUUCGUCUCGGUAGCUCUAAUAUUAUUGGUUUUCUUAAGUUGGCAGAAUUGAAAAGGAACAGACUUCUUUAUGAAAAUUACCUAACGCAGUUCGGAUCUAAUGCCACGUUGACCUUUCAAAACGAUGACGUCAUUCUUGAUAUGUUAGGCCAAACUCUCAAACAGGGAUUUAUUUCGGUGAGGUCUGAGGCCAUCCUGACCUACUCACUUUGUGGUUUAUCCAGCAUACUGUCUGCAGCUAUUAAUAUGGGAGUCAUGUGUGCGUUCCUGCCCAAGAAAAGAAAAUGGAUCUCACGCAUUUGUUUUGCAGCUCUUAUCGCUGGAAACCUGGCCAAUACUAUGACUGGAUGUUUUGCCUGUUUAUUUUUCUAAUGCUGGUCUCUGCCUGUGAUAUGAUACAGUAUCUCGUCAAAGUGAUCUACUAGAUUUAUGCCUGUAAAAAAAAGUGAACAUACCAUCGUUAAACUUAUGUCAUUUUUUAAAUAGAAAUGUCACUCCCAUCCAGUGAGGUAGUUCACAGUAAAUACUACUUAGAGAUUGUAAUUAAAAUUUAAAGUAAUCCUAACACAGAUAUAUAAAAAUGUUUUGAUGUAAGGUCUUUAUAAAAUAUUUGAUGUAAGGUCUAUAUAAAAUAUUUGAUGUAAGGUCUUUAUAAAAUAUUUGAUGUAAGGUCUAUAUAAAAUAUUUGAUGUAAGGUCUAUAUAAAAUAUUUGAUGCAAUGUCUAUAUAAAAUAUUUGAUUUAAGGUCUAUAUAAAAGUUCAUGACUUUUUGUUUAAGAAUCCGGUAAAAGGGAAAAGCUGUUAUUUGCUUUGUGUGGUCUGUCUGUCCGCUAACCUCCGUUUGACAUCAAUAAGUGUCAAAAUAAGUUAAAAAUUAUGGAUGAUCCCAAUUAUAAAUCAUAAAUUGUGUCUUCUGAAAGCGCAACUUUUUUUUGUUUAUUCUCAAUGCACGUUAUCUGCUUGAUCAAAUCAUUUUGUGCAACAAGCUUCAAUAAAAGAUCAAGAGAAAAUAAAAUGAAGAA